CUAACAGAGCCUCGCUACAAUACAAUACUCAAAAAAAGUUAGCGUUUAAAAUAAUAAAGAUUGAAUUGACAACAGGCUUAAUGAAAUGAGCCACGUGCUCAUUUAUAGAUGGAAAUAUCAACGAAGAGCGAAGAUAACGAGACUAGAUUAAACGGAGAAGUCGAAGAUUUGGAGAGGAAUUUUGAGUAUUUGGUCGCCAUAAGCGACUACGACGCCACGGACGAGAAUCAGUUGAGUUUCAAACGUGGUGAACAAAUUCGUGUUGUGGAAAGAGUAAACGAAUACUGGCUAUGGGCACUUAUUGACGGUGCAUCAGGUUACAUACCUUCAAAUCACGUUGAAGAUCCCGAAAAAUUAGAGGAAAAAGAAAAAUGGCAAGAUGAGGAAUAUUUUCAAAGCUACUGUCACAUGCGUUUGCAUUUAGAAAUGCUUGGGGACGUCGCUAGAACAAUUGCAUAUCGAAAUGCUAUUGUAGAAAAUGUGUCCUUGGUAAAUGGUAAAACUGUUUUAGAUGUUGGAUGUGGAAGUGGAAUAUUAAGUAUGUUUUGUGCUCGCGAUGGUCAUGCAAAACGCGUUUAUGCAGUAGAAGCUAGCAUCUUGGCCGAGCAUUUGUAUGAUGUCUUGAAAGAAAAUAACUUGAAUGAUACAAUUUUGGUUGUAAAAGGAAGAAUGGAAGAAAUUUCACUGCCAGAAAAGGUUGACCUUAUAAUUUCAGAAUGGAUGGGAACUUUCCUUCUUUUUGAGUACAUGAUAGACUCUAUUAUUUAUGCUCGUGACAGAUAUCUUAAACAUGAUGGUAUAAUUUGGCCAACCUGUGCUCAAUUGUUCAUAGUACCAUGCAUGCUAUCAAAGGUUUAUGAAGAGAAGAUUGGUGUUUGGAAGCAACAGUAUGGUUUCAGUUUUUCUUCUCUUCAGUCUAAGGCCAUUCAGGAUUUUUUUAGUCGUCCCAUUAUAGAUUAUGAUUUGGAAGCAGAAAACUGCUUAUGUAAUGCUCAGUCAAUAGUCUAUUUCAAUAUGAAGACAUUGCAAGUGGCAGAACUUGAAACUUGGUCCUCUAAGUUUACAUUUAACAUCAAGAAAACUGGGAUUCUUCAUGGUUUUGGAUCGUGGUUUGACAUCCAAUUUCAUUCAACUGACUUGCAAACAGAAGAAGUUGAAAAUGCUUUAAACAUGGUGACCCUAUCUACAGGUCCUAAUGCUCCAAAAACCCACUGGAAAAAUGCUAUUUUUAUGUUCAAUGAACCUGUCACAGUUGAAAAAGGUUAUACUGUUAAAGGUAUGGUCAAAGUUAAAAGAAAUGAAGAUUUUCGACGUCAUAUGACAAUUUCCUUUGAUGUGGGCAUUUCAAAUAGCUUUGGAGAGUCUGUCAAAAACAUUGCUAAAGAAUUCAAACUUUGGAGAUAAGAUUUAUUUAUAAAGAAUUUAGCUAAACAAUAUGAUAUUAAAUAAGUGAUCAAAAACAUUGUGUGUUUAUCAUAAUUAUAUGUAUUUUCAUGAGUGAAAUAUAUCAAUUACUCUACAAAAAAUCUCUUACAUUAGUAUAAAGGCAUUGAUGUCAUUUCUAAAGAGAUUCUUCGACCAUACUGUAAUAGAACCUUUGUCAUCAUUACAGUGCUGACUAUUUUGAGUGCAAUUUACUGGCUAAUUAAAAUUCACAACGCAAUACAUUUCCAAAAACUUCAAAA